AAGCUUCUCUGACCUUUCUUGGCUAACACUCAAUAGAGCUAACAAGCCAAAAAAAAAAAAGAAAGAGGGAGCAGUAAUGGCGAUUAAGAACCUUCUUGCUCUUUUGGUUCUUGUCAGCGUUCUUGGAGUUUCAGUCGCUCAUAAGGGUCGUCUUGACCUUAACUACUACAAACACAGGUGUCCCGACGCAGAAGCCAUUGUCCGUCGUGUCACAAUUCAAUAUGUCUCUCGCAAGCCAAGUCUUGCUGCCGCUCUUCUAAGGAUGCAUUUCCAUGAUUGUUUCGUCAGAGGAUGUGAUGGUUCCAUUCUUCUGAAAUCUCCAAACAAUGAUGCGGAAAGAAACGCUGUCCCCAACCUGUCCCUGAGAGGCUAUGAAGUGGUCGAUGCCGCUAAGUCAGCGCUCGAGAAGAAGUGUCCCGGUGUGGUUUCUUGCACUGAUGUUCUCUCCUUAGUCGCCAGAGACGCCGUCGUAGUUAUCAACGGACCAUGGUGGCCUGUUCCAUUGGGUAGGAGGGAUGGUCGCAUCUCAAGACUCGCUGAUGCUAAUAGUCUACCAUCCCCUUUCGCCGGAAUAGCUGCACUGAAGCAAAACUUCUUCGCCAAGGGCCUAAACACUAAAGACCUUGUCGUCCUUUCAGGGGGUCACACCAUUGGAAUCUCUAACUGCGGUCUCAUCAACAGCCGUAUCUACAACUUCACCGGCAGAGGCGAUUUUGACCCGGCGAUGAACCCAAGCUACGUCAGGACAUUGAAGAAAAGGUGCAAGCCUACUGAUUUCAGGAGCGCAGUGGAGAUGGACCCCGGCAGUGUCAAGAAGUUUGACUCUCACUACUUCAACAUUGUGGCUCAAAAGAAGGGUCUUUUCACAUCUGACUCAACACUUCUCGAUGACCCAGAGACCAAAAGCUACAUCGAGACACAGGUUUCUACUGGUGGGUCUUCAUUCGCCAAAGAUUUCUCGGACUCGAUGCUCAAACUCGGUUUCGUCGAGAUCCUCACCGGGAAUCAGGGUGAGAUCAGGAGGAGAUGCGCCUUCCCUAACUAAGUUUUGUCGAUCAAAACAAAACUGAUGUAUUUCUUUGAAUGAUUUGAUUCCAGCAGUUUUUUUAACAAUAUUUCUUUCUAUUUGUAUGUUUUUUUCUUUUUCUUCCAAGUCUGACUGUUUCAGACAGACAGAGUAUUCCAGUUUCCUUUGUAUGAUCUGUUUUGAAGUCUAAUAAAAGUUAAAGACUAUUUCUUUGGCACUGAA